CAGAUGACCCAGACACAAUGACCACACACAACACCAGAAACCACCUAAUAGCGCCAUACAGGAUGUAACACUGGCCCAAAAAUAGCUGAGACGACAGUGGACUUUGAACUAUAGCCAACAAUAACACAAGACAAGAUGUCAGCUACAGAAGAGCUACUAGAUCCUAGCUGUCUCCGUGAUCUGCUACAAGACACUGACAAAGCCAACACUAAGUGGUACAACAUUGGCCUACAGCUAGGAGUGCUUGCCCAUGUUCUGGACGGCCUCAGGAUACAGUACCAGAACAACUCUAGCGACUGCUACAGAGAGACCCUCAAGGAAUGGUUGAAUGGAGGGGAGGCCAGCUGGAGGAAACUCAGUCAAGCACUCAGUAGCAACACUGUCCGGGAGCACAAGCUAGCCAAGGAGAUACACAAGAAGCUACUGCCCACCCAAGCAGAACAAGACACAGACACAACAAGGAAGCUGUCAAGUUCUGUGGAUAGUUCCAACUCUAGUCUGAAUGACAUCAGUCCGUAUGGUUGUGGGUGUGGUCAGUGUACCUUCACCACGUAUGUGGAGGUGGGGUGUUCACAACCCACCCACUCCACAAGCUCCUUCCCAUUCCUCAACAUUGAUGCCCUCACAGGAAGUGAGAGGCAGAUAUUACACGGACGAUUAUACGAAGAGUUUGAGCAGAUCUGCUAUAAGUUCUCGAGGUUCACCCGAGCAGUAUGCGAGUCUCUCAUAGAGAGGUCUGUACCACUCAAGAAACUGGAGCGUUCGCUACGUGAUCUCAAAGCAUUUCAACCAACCUACUCAGAGAGCCCACUGUUACAGGAGAGGUUUAGAGAGCUCAAAGAUGCGCAAGACAUUGACGACGUGUUCGAUAUUCUCACUGACUACACUUCCUUCUUUAACUACAGUAUUAUAGAGCAUAUAGUACGGGAGCAUGGCGGGAGUGGUGACCAAGGAGCGCUCACGCUCUAUCAAGACCACCUCAUGGACUAUUGUAAGAGGAACAUCUUCGAAUGCCCCACCUACUCACCCCUCAAGAGAGGACUAGCUACACUCGUGCUCAAACUAGAAGAUGAGAUUGUGGAGAAUGGGAACAUGAAGCAUCUAAGUCAGCUAACAGCGCGAGUAUCACGUACCCUGUGUCUGAGUAGAUAUGCUCUCAACCUGUGUAGCGUGGAGAGGGGGUGUGUGCAGUGUGUGUAUCAACUACCAGUGGGCGUGGCUCGGCAGAUGCUACCCUUGUCACAGUCACAGAGGGACGAGCUUACUAGUAUGGGUGUGGUCAAACUAGUCUGUGGUAGAGAGAGCUACAAGUUCACCCAGGAGAGUACAGACCCCCCACCACCACCCAUACCACGAAGAACAAGCAGUUUAAGAACAAGCAGUUUAAAAGGACCGGCUGACCCCCCACAGGCUACAGUGUGUGAGUCAGUUGUCAUGGAGACCCAUCCGUGGUACCAUGGCAACAUCUCUCGUGACGAGGCAGAGGAGCGACUCAGAGGGACACAAGUGGACAGCUUCCUCAUACGUCGUAAGGAGGGGGCGGGAGUGUAUGCUCUAUCAGAGAUCUACAACAGCAGUCCCAAACACUACAUCAUGAGGAAGAGUAACGGAGUCUAUCAGAGCGUGUAUUCACUGGAGAACAAGGCCUUCCCCAACAUACCAGCUUUAGUGGAGUAUUUACAACUCAAGUUCUUCUUUCAGCCAUGUCAGAGAAAACUACCCCCCACCGAGAUGAUACAGUUACAUGAGGUUGACUGGGUCUCCACAAAGACCACCGACGACUACACGGGGGACAGUGGGUUUGGUACUGGAACUGGAGAUGAUGGAUUUACCACGGCCCUCCCUACUAGUGGGUGUGGCAGUGGGAGGGGUCAAGAAUACACACACCUACAUAGAGAGAGCCUAGAGCAAGAGAAGCCAUACACACAAGUACAGAGGAGUGACGACUACAAGGACUACAAGGAGAUCGGAGAUAUACAAGAGCAGAGAGGACCAAUCAGAUCCAGUCAUGUGACAACACAUCCUCAGACAUUACCACCCCUUUAUGAAAGAGUAUCGACUACACUAUAGCUAAUACUAACCAACUAACGUGCGUGCUGCCUUUACCACAUAUAACUGUAUAAUUAUCAUAAUGAUCACUUAUAAUCACUUAUAACAUUGCAGUUAAAGCGUA